UGGCACACACGGGUCAGGAGUGUGGUGUUGAGAGGGGCCUAGUGCAGACACUGUCCCAAAAACACGUAAGUUAACGCUACACACCCCGACCGGCUCUACAGCGCAGUCUCUCCCUCCCUCUCUCCCCCCUCUCUCUCUCUCUCUCCAAUAGAAGAAACUUUUUUUCAGCAGUCAGGAAACGGUGCCACGCAGAAGACAGUUCACCCUCCCCCCCCUCCUCCUCCUCCUUAAAUCCACUUUUAGGAGCGACCUUGGAGAGAAAAAGGGAGAGUCAAAAACAAAGACAACCGCCAUAACCAUCAGGAGAAACUUGCACCGUGAAGGAGGACUAGCUUAGCGACAGAGUCCCACUUCCUGAGGUGUGAAGGAUCGAGCUCCUAACACCAUGGAUAUGGACACGCAGCCACAAGGACAGCAAGCAGCCGUUCCAGUCUUUCAACCCCAGAAACCAUUGCAACCAGACAUGGGCCACAACUCCCUGGCAAACUUCCAGAUUGAGAAGAAGAUCGGACGCGGCCAGUUCAGCGAGGUGUACCGGGCGAGGUACCUGCUAGACAACACGUCAGUGGCCCUGAAGAAAGUCCAGAUAUUCGACUUGAUGGAUGCCAAAGCUCGGCAAGAUUGCAUCAAAGAAAUAGAUCUCCUUAAGCAACUGAACCACCCCAACGUGAUAAAGUACCAUGCGUCUUUUAUUGAGGACAAUGAGCUGAAUAUAGUUCUGGAGCUAGCCGAUGCAGGGGAUCUCUCACGUAUGAUCAAGCACUUUAAGAAGCAGAGGAGGCUUAUCCCGGAGAGAACAGUGUGGAAGUACUUUGUCCAGCUCUGCAGUGCGCUCGAACACAUGCACUCCCGGAGAGUCAUGCACAGAGAUAUCAAGCCAGCCAAUGUAUUCAUCACAGCUACAGGAGUAGUGAAACUAGGAGACUUGGGACUGGGACGAUUUUUCAGCUCCAAAACAACCGCCGCUCACUCACUAGUGGGUACUCCUUACUACAUGUCACCGGAGAGGAUACAUGAAAACGGAUACAACUUCAAAUCUGACAUCUGGUCGCUAGGAUGCCUGCUCUACGAGAUGGCAGCCCUGCAGAGUCCGUUCUAUGGGGAUAAGAUGAACCUUUACUCCCUCUGUAAGAAGAUAGAACAGUGUGACUACCCCCCUCUUCCCUCAGAUCACUACUCAGAGGAGCUGAGGAACUUGGUAGAUAUGUGCAUCAACCCUGACCCGGAGAAGAGGCCGGACAUCGCCUACGUGUACAACAUUGCCAAACACAUGCAGAACAUGACACAGGGCAGCUAAGCCCAGAGUUUCACACGUAUAGCUUGUAGAACUCCUCCCCACUUCUCUCCUUGCUUUUUCAUGCUCCGCUCAUACACAUCUGCCUGCUUUUAUACAAUUAAGCAACUCUGUGAUAAGGAGUAUGUGUAACAGAUUUAUUUUCAAGGUGAUGAUACAGUCUACAACAUGACUGGCAUCCAAACCUUUUCUGCCCUAGGAUAAAGAUUAUAGACAUUAUACUUUUUUUAUUAGAUGGACCUCUAAUUCCUUAGACUUCAAUAUUGUUACAGCUCUGAACAUCAGUGUUUUGUAACUCACUGAUGUGUUAUUUGCUGGCUUUAAAACGCAUGUCCUCUGUAUUUCCAUGUUGUGAAGUAAAGCCGUUCUUCAGCAGCUGCUAUGAGCAGAUGCUAUUUAAAGCUGAUUUUUUUAUUUUUUUAUUUUUUUUUAAUGCAAAGUUAGGCGUUACCUGUUAAAACAGUUAAUCAAGACAAAUAUCACGAAUAUAUAAAAAUGACCUUGUAAAGUUUGGUAGGACUCAUGAGACUUAUGGUCAGCAGCAAAAAGAACAAAAAAGACCAUGAAAACUGAGAACAAUAGUUAAAUUGGAGUGAAGAGAUUUGAGUAACGCAAGAGUGUUAUUGACGGUUGAAGCGUUGUUAUGUUGCACUUUUUACCCUGGUACUGGAAGGCUGGCAGGGUGAUCAUGUCUAAUGAAUGUAUUAGGAGAGGAAGGAUCAUUUAGAGGGUAGACUAGAGAUGUGCCGGGGGGAGAACAUGGGCAAAUGUCUCUACAACACUUUGAAUGUGAGUCAUUUUGACACCUAUGUAUCGUCUUUGAAAAAUUCAGAAUCUCUCUCUUUUUUUUUGACAGCCUAGAAGGAGUGGUAGAAGGUUUAAGAAAAGCAGUUUCUACGUCUUCUGUUUACCUUUGUCACUGACACCAAUAGAUUUCUUCCUUGGUUCAACUUAAGAUUUAUUUUUUUUAAUCACAAUGAAGACAUGGCAAAAAGAAGAAUCUAAAGUCAAACGCAUAGUUCUCCAUCAUGGUCCAGUGGCUGCAUUUAACCACCCAGAAAGUUAGUCUAUUUAGUGAUUGUUAAUGUUGCUGUGUAAGUUUGCAGUGUAGUUUUCUUGUUGAGUAACAAAUAUGUUGAAAACAUAGCAGAUCUUUGUCUUGUGAAGCCGUCCAUGUCAUCAGUAAAUCACAGCGUACCUACCUAACUUAUAUUCUCCGUUGAGAUACCAAAGAGAAAAUCACACAUAGAAAAUUCAGUUUUUAUAUGUUAUGGUAUCUUCUAUAAGAAUAAUAUUUUAAAGUGUUGUACUGAAAAAAAGCAAGCACAAUGGUCCUCUUUGUUUUACUGUACUGUAUUGUAUUGUAACAGUUCCUAUUGAUUCAAUACUGUAUGCUUUUAACCCUUUAUUCAUUUGGUGGAAGAAAACAGGGUUUUUCAGCAUUUUUCUUUUCUUUUUUACAGUGAGUAGGUUUACACCAGGGGGUCGCAAAUAACCAGCACUCACUACCACUGGUUUACAAAAUAACAAUGAUACCACAUGAAUGGUAUAGUAAGUAAUUAAUGAUCGAUGACGCUUUAAUUCAGUGUCUUACCAAAAAUCUUUUAACAUCAUCAAAUAUCCUGCUAAUCGCUCAUUGAAAUGAUGUACAUGUAUGCCCAUGUUUCUCAUGUUUCUUUUUUUUACAUAACAUUCAAUUCUAUUUACUUUACGUGUUAUUUUCAAAACCAAAGCUUAAGUUAUUUUGUUUUGGUCAGCAGAAUGUUUUAAUAGUUUGUUGAUGGUUAUUUGUCUGAGACGUGCAAAGACAGGUUUUGCAAUUUUUGUUUGCAAUUUUUCUCCACCCACUGCAGUAAAACUGUUUUUUUUCUCCAUUCAGUUAAUAUCUUAAUUGUUUAUCUUAAUGUUCUUCAGGCACAGUGCUGUGUAACUCUACAUUCUCCUAACAAGAGCAUCUGUAGAGCACCAAAACAUUUAGGUAUUUAAAUCACUUUUUAGAUAUUGAGUUUUGAUGCUUUAAAGAACUCCAGAAAUAAAUUAGAAGUAUUUACCAGCAAAAUACCAAAAAUGCUUUUUAUUGAAAUUUACAUUCAUGCCCUUUCACAAUGCCAGCGCACCAUCAUCAGUUAGAAAAUGCCCCAGAAAAGAUUGAAUAUGUAUUGAACGUCUUCUAGUUGGUUAUGAACGUGCAAUAUGCAGUGCAUAGUCAUGUUUUUUUUAAUAAAUUCUCACUAGGAGGUUUAUAGCACACAGUGCAAAGUCACUUUAAGGAUUAUGGCCAUUUCUUGGUAGGGAGUAUUUUUUUUUUAUUUUUUUUUUAAUAAACAUUUGACCAUGCUCUCCUAAAUCUCAGCCUUUUACCUCGGCUUAGUUUACUUCUCCACAGGCCCUCUUGGUUUUCCAGAAGUAAAACGUUGCAAACACUAUUUAUUUUUUUGGUACUUUGGUUGUUUUCUGAACAUUUCAUGUCAAAUUAAAGACCCUCAUCACAAGCUCCUUGUAUACUAACUAAAUGCAA